AUGGCAUCCCUCGAAGUGGCGCGCGUUAUGCAAGAAGCCGCGCAGAUGGCUCAGGCUCGCCGCCUGUCUCGGUGGCCCGAGAUGCUCUUCCGUGUUGCAGAGGUGUGGCAGGGGCAGAGGAAGGAGAGUCCCAAAAGUCGCCCUCCUUUCGAGCUCGCGCCCGAGGGAAGGGGAAAAUGGAACGGCCGUGUCUCUGACUUGACCAUGAAGGAGUACCGUGACAUGAAGUGGGGCAUGGAUGCCGGCUACAGGGCAGCUCUGCGCGUAGGGCCAAGGUGGAGCAUGCGUGGAUCUCUCUCGAAGCCGCUUAGGGCGAACUCGGACGGCAUGUUGCCUACAGACCCCGCGCGAGCCUACGACGCUUGCUACAACACGGCGCCCAAAUUCACCAUCGGCAAGUCGCUUAUCGGCGCCGCUGACCCCUUGGCGAACAACCCGGGUCCGCAGUAUCUCGUCCCAAGCACGAUGAAUCCAUCUGGUCAUCCGACCAUAUGGAAGAACUCAGGAGCAACGUUUGGCUCCGAGACGCUCCAAGUGAACGAUGAGGAUCCUUUCAUGAGGUGGAUGCUUUCUCAGUCCCUGCUCGUGCUGGCAGGACUUGCGAAAGAGCUGGACGGCUUCAACCCGGAGAAGGUCUGCUGCAACACUGAGAGCGUCGACGGCUUGCUGCAUUGUGCGAAUGCAUCUGCGAUCGCACCCACCGCGAGUCACAUACACGUGACGAGCUUGGCCACGCGGGAGAUUCACAGUUACGCAGUGUUUUCAGCAGCAAUCAAUGCAGCGCAUGCAAAAACGUUUGGCAACAGCUUCCAGCUGGCUACAAGCAGCUUGGGAAUGGGAUCUGAUCUGAAGCUGCUUUGGAGGGCUGGAAAUGUCGCCACCAUAUUGGAAGCAUUGAAGGUUGUUCGGGCCAGCUGGAUUGCGUACCUCGAUGCCGAUGCGGUUCUUGUUGACUUUAGCAAGGAUGCACUGGCUGAUGUGGUGCGAGCACACGCGACGAAGGAAACACGCUUGAUGGUGAGUCGUGGGGAGCUCAUCGGACCAGGGACCUCAAGCAUGUUCAACUCGGGCUUCUUGCUGGUCAGACAGCAUCCGUGGGCCUACGACUUCGUCCAGCUGUGGCUGUCACGACUUUCGUCGUCCAACGCCAACGACCAAGAAGUGUUGGAGCAGCUUUACCGGCAAGACGCCCUGGGCUGCCGGCGGCACGUGGCCAUUCUCCCCAUGGGCCUGGUCUACAGCGAGAUCGGGAACCCCAUCUCUGCGCCACCUGACCAGCAGCAUGUGGUCCACCUGGCGGGAAUCCCCGACGAGGUCCGGAUGGGUGUCUUCUCGGCCUUCUGGAAAGAUCUUUGUGGGACCAACCCGUCUAUGGCCUUGCCGGGCAGCAUGGGGCUCCGGCAAGCCUACCUCGAGGAGAUGGCCUCCUUCGUGAGCAGCCAAGGAGAUGCCCAAGCAGAAGCGGUGUGUCAGUCGCCUACGAACAUGCGACAAUGCUUGGAGGCUGCGGAGCGCUUGGCGUACGGGCUUCAGCUGGAUGGCCGACAGCAGGAAGCUGUCCACUGGGCUGCUGGUGCUCUGUCGGGACGUGAGCAGCACCUUGGCACCUUGGAUGAGGACACGCUGGCCAGCCGGAGCACCCUUGCCACAGUCAUGGAGGCUGCCGGCCGCAAGGAGGAGGCGUUGGCCUUUUCUAUGGCGGCCUGGGAGGGUCGCAAGGUCACCUAUGGCCCAAAUCACCGAGCCACGAUGCUGAGCACAGCUAGGCUCGGAUCGCAGAUGCUGGCGCACAACAGGCUGGAGGAGGCUACCGUGUUCCUCCAGGCAGCACAACAGUCCGACAUCUUGGGACCACAGCACUCGAGCAGCAUCUCCACAGCUGCUGCUCUGGCAUCGGCUUACGCCAAGCAAAGUCGCUACACGGAAGCGCUUGCGCUAUAUCGGCGCACCGCCCGCUCGGCUGCUGAAGACCUUGGCAAACAUCAUGCGACGACCUUGGAUUUGCGGCUUGGGGUGGCGGACACCCUGCGGCAGAUGGGUCAGCAUGACGAAGCAGCCGCCGCAGGUGCACGCCUCGCGAAGACGCAGCGCAGGAAGCUGAAGACGCAGUCCUCACGCAGUGACCAGUUGCGUCUGGCACGUGCCCUUGAGCUGGUUGCGGGUGCGCGGGUUGAGAAGCUUCCGAAGCGCCUGAAGCUCAUAGAAGAGGCAGCCGAGGUCUAUGCCAAGCUCGGCAUCAAAUCCUCCGGCAUCUCGGUCCUGCGCUCCGGCGCUGACAUGCUACAGGCCAACGGGCGCGGCUCGGAGGCGGAGAGCUGGUUCCGACGAGCCCUGGAUGUUGCUGAAGGCUUUCCCGGCGACACUGAGAAAGGCCUUGCCUCUGCAGUGGCAUCGGCAGCCAACAAUCUGGCGAUGCUGCUUCGCAGUCGCGGAAAAGGUGCUGAGGCUGAGGGGCUGCUGCGGCGUGCUGCGCAAGGCUUUGCAAAGGAGCAUCAAGCUGCAGAGCUGAGGGCAUUGGGCAACCUUGCAGACACUCUGAGAGCCAAUGGCCGCCUGGGUGAAGCCUUCAACAUCUCUCAGCGGGUGAUGCAGAGCCACGAGCUCUUGGAAAGCGAAGACGAUGUCUUGACGGCCAAGAGCAAUCAUGCUCUCUUGCUCUAUGCCCUGGGAAAUCGCGCCGAAUCGGCGGCGCUCUACAGCGACGUGCUGCAACAAGCUGAGCGGGUGUUCGGGGCCCACUCGAGCCAGGCUGCUGCUGCACGUGCGGACCUGGAAGAGCUUCGUCGCAGAGAGGCAGCACAAAGCUCCGAUCGAGAUCGAGCAUCGCCUCGACCAGUUGAAAGCGGACGCAAUGCGGACGGGCCAGCACCAGGACAGUACGACCAGAACGCUUUCAAGCACAGUGGCCAGAUCCGGAGGGCUCCGGUGUACACUGCGCAGGGCAGGGAGGCUUGGCGUGACCCUGUGGCCGCCCCGGGACCCGUGCCUGGAGAGUACAACGUCGAAAGGGCACUGCGCAACGGGAAGAUCACUCCCUUCAAGUGGACCAUGCAGGGCAAAACCGAGCCGCUCUCGCCAGCUCGUGGCGAGAGGGCGACGGUCAAGCCGGGGCCUGGCCACUACAAGCUGCCCUCCAUCGGCGAGAGGAACGCGUACCCCCACAUUGAGAAGCCGCCUCUCUGGAAGUUCUUGCAAGAGCCACGGGGUCUGCUGCCAACCUAG